AUGCCCUCACAAUCAAAUCUGAGAGCUGCUCAGGCCGUUGUUCUUUCACGCCAGCGACUUCGCCGCGGUCUCAAUCGUGAUGCUGCCGGCCGCCGAAAGAAGCCACUGACUCUUCGUGCUGCUGAAGCUCGAUAUGCCGGCUCUGCUCGUGCAUCUAUCGGCCGCAUCGUCAAGAGACUUGAGGCUGCGAAUACCGUAGAUUAUGAGGAUGUUGUCGAUCCUAAGAUGGGGCGCCCGCGGCAACUCACGGAUGAGGAAGAAGAAGCUAUCGUGUGUUAUAUCAUCUGGAUGGAAAAGUCAGGCCUGCCUGCCUCCAAGUGGGAAAUAGAAGAUGCAGCACUUACUCUGCGGCGCCGCCGUGAUCCUGAUGCGAGACCUGUGAGCAAGAUGUGGUACUCUCGCUUCCGCGAUGAUCAUCCUGAGCUUGCGAAAUCGAUAUUGAAGUCGAGAGAAGCUUCGCGUGCCGAAUAUGAGGAAGGCGGCGUUGAUGAUACGAAGGAGUGGUUCCAACGCCUCAGCGAUGUGAUGACGAAGUACAAUAUCGGUGCAUCAGAGACCUGGAAUGCAGAUGAAGCAGGAGUUAGAGUCGGAAUGCUACGAGAUAAGAUGGAAUGCCUCGUUGUACGCACCAAGAAGAAGUCAGCAACAGAGGUAUUUUCUCCGCAAGAUCGCGAGACUUGCACAGUCAUCGGCUCAGGCAACGCAGCCGGCGCAACAACGCCCCCCUGGCUGAUCUUCAAGUCGUUGCCAACGCUUGAGUGGGCGUUCAUUGAAGGCGAUCCUGAUAUGCGCUUCGCUCAGUCAGACUCGGCAUUCUCAAGUGCGGCGAUAACGCUCGAGUGGGCGAAGCACUUCAACCGAUGCUCGAAGCAGCUCAAGAAGAAGAAGACCUUCACGCCUGCUCAUUUCUCACUUCUUCCCUCAGAUAUGCGAUUUCACGCCGCUUCCAGCACCGCCGAGACCAUCGGCGAGCGAUAUCACGAUAUCCUCAGUUCUCCUACGCUCGCAGGGCUCCGGCACAUUCGCAACAUCGUUCAUGAAGCUGUGGUGCUUGAGGAUGUUAUCAAAAAGUACGUGGAUGAUCGAAGAACUCGCAUCGAAAAGCGGUAUCACGAGAGAAAGCGAGGCCGCCGCGCAAAGACUGUCUCUGACCUUAUUCCUACAGUAUCGCUGCAAGAUCUGCGAGAUCAACAAGAGGAGGCUAUCGCCGACGAUAAGAAGAAGCAACAUAAGCAGGGUAUACGAUUCACACGAUCUGUCAUCAUCAAGGAGAUGAACCGCCUCAAGGAUGAGUGGCGAGAGAAUAAAGAAGUUAUCGUCAACGGCAUACCAAAGAGGCUGCAGUUCAAGCAGUGGUUGGAGCACACAGGGAAGCAAUAUGACUAUUUAUCUAUGGAUACACAGCGUUCACAAAUGACUCAAGCACUGAAAGAAGAGACUGACGGCUAUAUGAUAGAUACACAACUCCCUGAUGAUGUGCGUGAAGCUAUCCGCAAGGCACAGUAUGCCGCGAAGCCCCUCAGCGCCGUUGAUCUCACCGGCCUCCCUCACAGUGAUGAUACGGUCACUUUCAACCUCACACAAGCACACGAGCACGAGGAAAUGGAUGAAGAAGACGAGAUUCUUCCUGUAAUUGAAGUCGCCGGCGGCAGCGAAGUCGAGAUGCCCUCAUCGCCGCCCUGUGCACCUGACUCUGAGUCAUCACUACCUACACUUCCCUCAACUCCUUGUCCCUAUCAACACCACACGCAGCUUCAUGAGUCACUUCGUGAUAUCAUCAGGGGAAUAAGAACGGCACAAGAAGAUAGCCUUAUUGGCUAA